ACAUGGAGCUCAAACGACAAUGUAUGAACGCCUCUCAAUGAGGGUAGCCUAAUGCGGUAGGACAUACAUAGCAAAUAAUGACUUUUCAGUUCACGCUCCGCUCAGGCUCGUUCGAUCGUUCCCUUGCCACACCCAUGAUUACGAAUAUUGACACCGAUGGCUCACGUGCGCAUGUCCAUGAUUCUGUGCGAUAGAGGCCUGCCUCGCCUUUUCUCUCGCACCUAUUCUGUACAGACAUCCUUCGUUUUUACAUGAAAAAGUCGUUUAGUUUUUUUAGGGCCUAGAUGAGGCAGAGAAGAAUAGAAAUAGCUUUGUAUCUCUAUUUCUUUACUGAUUAAUCACCCACUCCCCGGUUAUUGCAUCAAGGCCCUGCCCCUCUGAUUCCCGACCGGCUUCCUGUGUUUGUGCGGUUCUCACUAGCCAGGGAGCGAGGAGGAGCAGAACUGGGAGUUGAGCGAGUGAAGGGCCGAGCUGCCACCUCAACAUGGAGUAGUAAGUAGCCUAGUGUCCUCGACAACAGUAGCGGACCACAAAGAGGAAUACUCGAGGGGUUAUUUUUCUACAAGGAUGCGCCGCAAAUGAUACCACAUCAAAGAUUCCACAACGCGAAGGAAGGAUCGGUUUAUAUUUAAAAGAUGGCGAACGACUCUCCGGCUAAAAGUCUGGUCGAAAUAGACCUGGCUUCAUUGCGGGAUCCAGCAGGGAUUUUUGAAUUGGUGGAAGUGGUCGGAAAUGGCACCUAUGGACAAGUAUACAAGGGGAGACAUGUCAAAACUGGACAGCUGGCCGCCAUCAAGGUCAUGGACGUCACCGAGGACGAGGAGGAGGAAAUCAAACUGGAGAUCAAUAUGCUCAAGAAGUAUUCCCACCACAGGAACAUUGCCACAUACUACGGUGCUUUUAUCAAGAAGAGUCCCCCGGGGCAUGAUGACCAACUGUGGCUGGUGAUGGAGUUCUGUGGGGCAGGCUCCAUCACAGACCUGGUGAAGAACACUAAAGGCAACCAACUCAAGGAGGACUGGAUCGCCUACAUCUCCAGAGAAAUCCUCCGGGGACUGGCCCACCUGCACGCCCAUCACGUCAUCCACCGUGACAUCAAGGGACAGAACGUCCUGCUCACAGAGAACGCCGAGGUCAAGCUUGUGGACUUUGGCGUGAGUGCCCAGUUGGACCGGACGGUGGGGAGGAGGAACACAUUCAUCGGGACACCCUAUUGGAUGGCGCCCGAGGUCAUCGCCUGUGACGAGAACCCUGAGGCCACCUACGAUUACAGAAGUGACUUAUGGUCCACUGGAAUCACUGCCAUUGAAAUGGCCGAAGGAGCUCCUCCGCUGUGCGACAUGCAUCCGAUGCGAGCACUCUUCCUCAUCCCAAGGAACCCUCCCCCGCGACUCAAGUCUAAGAAGUGGUCGAAGAAGUUUUGCAGCUUCAUCGAGGGCUCCCUGGUGAAGAACUACAACCAGCGCCCCCCCACCGAGCAGCUGCUGAAGCACCCCUUCAUCAGAGACCAGCCCAACGAGAGGCAGGUCCGCAUCCAGCUCAAAGACCACAUCGACCGCACCAAGAAGAAGAGGGGGGAGAAAGAUGAGACUGAAUAUGAGUACAGCGGGAGUGAGGAGGAAGAGGAGGAUGCUGGAGAGCAAGAAGGAGAGCCUAGCUCCAUAGUGAACAUGCCGGGUGAGUCGACGCUGCGUAAGGACUUCAUCCGGCUGCAGCAGGAGAACAAGGAGCGCUCGGAGGCGCUGCGCCGACAGCAGCUCCUGCAGGAACAGCAGCUCCGUGAGCAGGAGGAGUACAAGCGCCAACUACUGGCCGAGAGGCAGAAACGCAUUGAGCAACAGAAGGAGCAGAGGAGGCGGCUGGAGGAGCAACAGCGGCGCGAGCGCGAGAUGAGGAGGCAGCAGGAGCGUGAGCAGCGCCGCCGCGAGCAGGAGGAGAAGAGGCGCAUGGAGGAGAUGGAACGACGGCGGAAAGAGGACGACGAGCGCCGGAGGGCGGAGGAGGAGAAAAGGAGGAGCGACCGUGAGCAGGAGUACAUUCGUCGGCAGCUGGAAGAGGAGCAGAGGCACCUGGAGAUCCUGCAGCAGCAGCUGCUCCAUGAACAGGCCAUGCUCCUGGAGUUCAAGUGGCGUGAGCUGGAGGAGCAGCGGAAGGCAGAGCGUCUCCACAAGCGUCUGCAGCAGGAGCAGGCCUAUCUGCUGUCCCUCCAGCACGACAAUAAACCACCGCAGCCCUGCGAAAAGACUGAAGAGCCCAAGAGAAUGUCCCCUGACAGUACUAACAAAGCCCCUCCGACAACGUCCCCAGGCCCCGUGGGCGAUAGAGCCCCAGCUCCACAACCCCCACAGGUUCCAGUGAGGACAACGUCCAGGUCCCCUGUGUUGUCACGCAGAGACUCUCCUCUCCAGGCCUCUGCCCCGCCUAGCAACCAGGCAGUACAGAGGAGUGCCGGCAGUAAUGCGGAGCCACGUCUGCUGUGGGACCGAGUGGAGAAGCUGGUUCCCAGGCCCGGCAGUGGCAGUUCCUCUGGCUCCUCCAACUCCAGCUCCCAGGCCGGCUCUGGGGAGAGGUUCAGAGCACGCUCAUCGUCUAAGUCUGAGGGCUCCCCACUGCAACGCCCCGACAACGCUGCCAAGAAGCCUGACGACAAGAAGGACUUUGCCCGACCCAACAGGCCAGCCGACCUGACGGCCCUGGCCAAAGAGCUGCGGGCAGUGGAGGAUGUGCGGCCCCCCCACAAGGUGACAGACUACUCCUCCUCCAGCGAGGAGUCGGGCACCACCGACGAAGACGACGAUGAAGAAGUGGACCAGGACGCCGCAGAUGAGUCCACCUCGGGAGCAGAGGAUACCAGGGCCGGGAGAGGUCUGAGUAACGGAGAGACUGCAUCCCUGAAGACCUUACUGGCCCACGACGACUCCGAGAACGACCUCACCACACCCUCCAAGGAUGGCACCUUGGUCAUCAGACAGAGCGCGGGCGACAUAAAGCGCCCGGCGGUCAAUGUCUCUUCAUCCUCCUCCGGUCCCAGUGUGGCUCCCGGUCAAGCCGUUCAAGCACAUCCUCCUCCUCCCGGUCCCGGUAACGGUCACCAGGAGAAAAACGGCUUUGCCAGCCGCAUUCACCUGCUGCCAGACCUUAUUCAGCAGAGCCACCACUCCCCCACCUCCGCCUCCUCCACCUCUUCUUCCAUCUCCAUCUCCCCCUCCUCCAGCCAUGUCAGCCCAGCCAUGUCCCCCCAGACCCCCCUGGACAAGCUCACUGCCAUCGAGACCCACUCGGCCAGCAACACCAUGCAGAAACACAAGUCUUCCUCCUCCUUCACCCCCUUCAUCGACCCGCGCCUCCUGCAGGUCUCUCCCUCCAGCGGCAGCUCCCUCAACAACAUGGCGGCCUUCGGGAACGACGGGCGGCUGGUGGACGCCCUGAGGGCUGACCCGUCUCGUAAGGGCUCCGUGGUCAAUGUGAACCCGGUCAACACGCGCCCCCAGAGCGACACGCCCGAGAUCCGCAAGUACAAGAAGAGGUUCAACUCUGAGAUCCUGUGUGCUGCACUAUGGGGUGUCAACCUGCUGGUGGGGACAGAGAGUGGUCUGAUGCUGCUGGACCGUAGCGGUCAGGGGAAGGUCUACCCCCUCAUCAGCCGACGGCGCAUCCAGCAGAUGGACGUCCUGGAGGGACUCAACGUCCUGGUCACUAUAUCAGGGAAGAAGAAUAAGUUGCGUGUGUACUACCUGUCCUGGCUGAGGAACAAGAUACUCCACAACGACCCCGAGGUGGAGAAGAAGCAGGGCUGGGUCACUGUAGGAGAGCUGGAGGGCUGCGUACACUACAAAGUCGUGAAAUAUGAGAGGAUCAAGUUCUUGGUCCUUGCCUUGAAGAACUCCGUGGAGGUCUAUGCGUGGGCCCCCAAGCCGUACCACAAGUUCAUGGCCUUCAAGUCGUUUGGUGACCUGGUGCACAAACCCCUGCUGGUUGACCUGACGGUGGAGGAGGGUCAGAGGUUAAAGGUCAUCUACGGCUCCAGCAACGGCUUCCAUGCCGUGGACGUGGACUCUGGGGCGGUGUACGACAUCUACCUGCCCACACACAUCCAGACCAAUAUCCAGUCCCAUGCCAUCAUCAUCCUGCCCAACACGGAUGGUAUUGAGCUGCUGGUGUGUUACGAGGACGAGGGUGUCUACGUUAACACCUACGGACGCAUCACCAAAGACGUGGUGUUGCAGUGGGGCGAGAUGCCCACCUCAGUGGCCUACAUUAGGUCUAACCAGAUCAUGGGCUGGGGGGAGAAGGCCAUAGAGAUCAGGUCUGUGGAGACAGGACACCUGGACGGGGUCUUCAUGCACAAGAGAGCCCAGAGACUCAAGUUCCUGUGUGAGAGGAACGACAAGGUGUUCUUUGCGUCGGUGCGCUCUGGAGGUUCCAGCCAGGUCUACUUCAUGACCCUGGGCCGUACCUCCCUGCUUAGCUGGUAGUGUACACACACACCCAGCAGCAUGAAGACAGCACCCCUCGGUUUAUUACCACCAUAAUGAUGACUCAUGACAAUGAUUUAUCUUGAACUUGACGUACAACUGGAGUACUGAGCUCUGAGGCGGCGCGAUACCUAAAUAUCACCUGUUUCAAAUAAGAAAAGACAAUUGCACGAUAAACGGACUGAAAUCAUGAAGGGGAGGCCACGGGGUCCCUAUAGGCUGAUGGGACUGUGUUUGUUUGUCAGUUGGUAGUGCUGUCAUCAUGCCCAUUGGCCACUCUGCUCUGACAACAGACGUCAUCAGCUUUUCUGGGUUCUCGCCCCCAAACCCUACUAGAGCCUCCCCUUACCUCCUACACCAGUGGGAGUAGGGAUCUGAGCCCGACUUAUUCAAAACACUGGUAGAUGUUAAUGUCUCUCUAUUGGAAGAAGAGUGAGGGGCUUAUGUGUGUGUGACAGAGGAUGGAAAGGGAGGAAAAUAACAAAGGGGACCUUAUAGCACCAGACAGGUGAAAGGUCAUACAGUAGUUUGUUAUUGUGUUUAGUCCAGGUCAUGUUCAGGUCAACCUCUUGUGUUGAGUUUCUUAGAUCAGUUCCUCUGACUGACAUGCCGUUGCCACCACAUGGGUACAUUUUCAAAUGGGUCGUGCUUGACAUUGAAAAUGUAACUUUUGUCUCUUUUUCACUCCGGCCUUCCUCUUGAUAAAGGUUCAAACAGGGUUAAAGCGUGGAGAGAAGUUUCAUCAAAGAUGUCGACUUAACCCUUAAUAGGACACUGCAACCUUAUAUUGGGGCCUUUCCAGUCCCAUAUACUCCUGAGGGUCUUUUCCAGCCUCCCUCAACUUUAACGUGCCACAUUGCCUCUCCUUGGUCGUGUUGGGCAAACUGUGAAUGGGUUGAUAUGUACAGUAGACUCUAGAGAACGGUCUUGGUCAUGAGUUGUGACUUUGACCCACCAUUUGGUAGCAUGAUGACCAGGAUAUUCAAUGGAACAAGUGUCAAGAUUAAAUAUACCGUAAGGAUUUGUAGAUGAAGCAUUAAAAUCCACAACAUAUCCAAAUGUAUCAGCAACCACAGCUUUCGAUUGGUUUGUUUUUCAUUUUAAUGGGCCCCUCCACUGAAUUCAGGUUUACGUUUGUGGCUACUUGUACAAUCUGUUGUGACAAAUGCUUUAGGUUUUGCUCAGAAGUCCUACAGGAAAUGUAUCAAAAUCGGACAUUUUGAGUGCGAUUGAAUUAUUAAAUGUAAAAACUAUUAUAAAGCAGCAUGGUCCCCAUUUUGAUACGUUUGUGAAAUCGUUGUAAUUCGAUGUUGGACUAUUUUAAUACCAACAGACUAACAUAGUCGGGUAGCUUCACCCCCUCAGCUUGUCUGCAUUAUUUUAGUAUCUUGACUCUGAGGAAAGAAGGGGACAUUUUUGUUUUGUACAGUCUGUCCCAGUCCAGGCAGUAGUAUGCUAUGGAUUAAAGCAACACGACAACAACCUGGAAGCUUUUCCAAACCCCAGCAGCUCCUGGUGUUAUUUCAUUUGUUUUCCUCUCGCCUCUUGAUCCAACUAGUGAAAAAUCGGACGGCACUUGUUUGUCCUAAUGUUUCCUGGUUAGCCUGGGUACCAGUCUGAAGCAACAGCAAGGAGCUCCACUGUCCUGGUCUUCUGACAUAGACUGGCACCACAGUUAGAUUGUUUGUAUGAACACAAGUUUUUUAAAAGAAUGGAAAUCAUAAUGUCUCUAGGGUUACAUGUCCCUCCAAAGCUUGAUCCACUGUAUUGGACUGUUACAUCCUCUAAAGAGGCCUGUAAGAAUAUAGAAAUGAGAUGCUUUUUUCCUCUGCAAAUCUGUGAAACGCGGUGCCAUGCCAAGAUGGCACAAGUCACACAUUUUAACAGUGUUACAAACCACUACAGAAAGUAUCGAUAACAUUUUUAAAUCCUAGAUUUAGUUAGUUUCUGUCAUUUUUAUUACCCUUAUAAUUAUGCGACUGGAGUGGUUUUUAAAAAUGAAUGCACACAUUUAUGUUAAGUGUUUACAGAGGCAAUGUUUUGUUAAACCAAUGUGCAUCAAUAUAAAUAUUUAUGUUUUUGUUUUAGGGCAAUUCUCCCUUUUUUAUUUUUAGCUUUUGUAUCAUUUGGAGGUUCAUGUACAGGAAUGACCCUCAACCUCUGUUCAUUCACUUUUCAAAAAUGACAAGAUUCUGAGUUUAAAUCACUGAUUUUCCUGGAUAACACAGUAGUGUGCCCUUGGCUGUGGCAACGUUGUGACAUGGUUCUCUGCUGCCCAGGUGCCAGGUGACAAGUGUUUCUACCAUGCUACUCUAAUUUAUGCCCUCUGUGUAUUAUGGGAAUUGUUGUAUUUUCCUCAAGGUCUUUUUUCCAUUGAAUAAAAUCCUAAGUAAUUUACUAAA